AUGGCGGAGAGUUGGCAAGAUCUUCCAGACGAGUGCUGGGAACUCAUAUUCAAUCCAUUACUUCUCCGCCACCCCUCUCAUCUCGAAUCCCUAUCCCUCUCCUGCAAGCGAUUCCUCUCCAUCACCAACACCCUCCGAACCCACUUCAAUAUCACCCAUCCAUCGCUCAUCGGCCCCCUCUCCAAACUCUUCAACCGAUACCCACGCCUCAACUCUCUCGAUAUCAUUAACUUCCGUCACGAUGAUCUCCACCGCAUCAUGGUCGACGUCGCAACAAAUUCCAAUUUAGACCUCCAAACCCUCGACCUAUCGGGAGCCGAAGAACUUCCUUUGGAGGGUUUGAAGGUAUUAGGAUCUCGUAUGAAGAAUGUGAAGGUUUUGUGUUGCUUCACUCUUCUCACUUUACGCGACCAUGACUUAGAUGUUAUAGCCGAUUCGAUGCCCUGUUUGGAGGAUCUAGAUAUCUCCUAUCCUCUGGAUGAAGGGAAUGUGACCGAUCGUGGAAUCGAGGUGGUGUCGUGCAAAUUAAAGGGGUUGAGAAGAAUCGACAUAUCUGGUAACGAAAAACUCACCGAUAAGUCACUUUUAGCUCUUUCCACGAACUGUGUCUACUUGACAGAUCUUGUAGUCGGCUGUUCGUUGGUUACUUCGCACGGUAUUGAAUUUGUUCUGCGCAAUAGUACCAAUUUGAGUUUCUUGUCGGUCAGCGAAAUCGAUUUCGGUCGACUUCGACUAGAUGAUUAUUCAAUUCGUUGUGCAAGAAACUUAUCAAAUCUCGCAAUCAACUAUUCGGUAGUUCCCGAUGAAUAUCUCCAUUUUCUUGCAAAAAUGACUGGUAUUCCUUUAAAGGGUUUCGCUCUUUCUCAACCCAUGAGCCCAUGCUUCACCUUCUCUGGAAUUUCUUCGCUUUUAAACAAACACCGGUCCCUGGAGUGGUUAUCUUUAGAUGGAAUAGAUUUUCUCACUGAUGAGAAAAUGAGUGAUUUAUCUCAAUAUCUCUCCGCUUUAGUCACAAUUAGCCUCAAUCGUUGCGGUAAUCUAACUGAGUUAACCUUUUUCAAGCUUGCAAAGAAUUGUCCUUUCCUAGAGGAGAUUGGUAUGGAGGAAACUAAUCUAGGAGGAGGAGGAAACAAGGCGACCGAUAUUGUGAGAAACCCACAAAUCAAGUCUGUAAACUUGGAAAAUAAUCCGAAUCUGAGCGAUGAAUGUCUUGCAAAACUUGCUUCGGUAUGCCCCAGUUUAGAGUUGCUUGAUGUGUCUUCUUGCAAAGGUAUUACAGAGAAAGGCAUUGCUGAUUUUUUUAAGAGCGGCUCCAAGAUUAAGAAGUUGUGGAUCAAUGAAUGUGAGGGGAUUAUGAACAUUGGACAUGGUUUUGAACUCCCCGAAUUGGAGGUUCUUGGAGCAGCUAGAUCUGGGAUUAAUGAUCACGGGUUGGUGGUUAUUGGGAAUAGAUGUGGCAAGCUCCUGAAAUUGAACUUGGGCGGUUGCUUGGGAGUGACAGUGGUAGGGUUGAAAGGAAUAUUGACAAAUUGCAAGAGAUUGAGAAGGUUAAAUUUGACUGGGUGUCUUAAUGUGAGUAUGUUGACGGUAAAUUGGAUGGUGUUUUCAAGGCCGUCAUUGAGGAAAAUUAUCCAGCCACAUUCUUAUUUGCCUUCUCUGAGGAAGCUCUUCUUGUGCAUGGAUGUCUUGUUUCGUCAGCCAUGGAGUUGUGUCUUACGGAUUCGAACAUUCUUUCUUCUGCUAGAACUCUAUCUAGUUCGUGAGAUGAUUCCACUGCUAAAGCGAGGAACAGAAAUUGACAUAGGUGAGAUGCACAGAAUCGUGCUGCGCAACUUUGAGCCGUUGGAUCGUGCUCUCGACGGCUCGGAUUUCAUUUCGGCAUUCAACGAUCAAGAGCCGUUUAUUACCGAGUUGAGAUCUGAGCCGUCAGAUGCACGAUCUGACGGCUCGGAGGUGCACAACAUGGUGCUACACACACCACUGCAUAGCACCAUCCCCAUUGACAAUUAA